ACGUCACGUCAAGCGUCAAAAGCAAAGCUAUAUAGUGACCGGAUCACGCAUCGAGUGCGUGUUUGUCGCUUUAUUAAAAUAAAUUUUAGUUUGUGUAGUGAUACUUUGUGCUGCCGAUUAGUUUCUCCCAGGAUCCAUUCAGUUACAGUUAUUAGUAUAUUUUUGUGUCCAGUCUGUAGUUUUUAACGGUAAAUAAAAAAAUGAGUGCCUUAAAAAAUGCAGUGGCGUUGUUUGUGAAUCACGGCAAAGUUGGAGCGAGGGGCAAUGGAAAGUUUGCCACAUUCCGUCCGCUGCUCUCAUGCGCCCCAGUGGCGAUGGUCACAAUGGACCGCGGUGCGCACACACAGGACAUCACGAAGAACAUACAGUACAUCAGCAAUGACAAGAUCAAGCUUAAAGCUGAUCCUGCUACUAUGAGAUUGGACAAACGGGUCGACAAGCCAAUGUGCGUCAUGAUCAACUGGCUGCUGGCAAGACAGAAACACGUGAUGAAGUACGCUACAUUAUACCUGGAGCAAGGCUUCGAUGUCGUCUCUGUGUCCUGCACACCUUGGCAGCUCAUGUGGCCCAUGAAGGGCUCCCAGCUGGUAGCCGAAGACCUGAUCAAGUUCAUGGCAAUGAAUGAGAACGAACACCCUCUAGUGGUGCAUGGCUUCUCAGUCGCUGGUUACAUGUGGGGAGAGGUCUGCGUUCACGUCAUGAAGAAUAAGGAACUUUACCAGCCAGUAAUGGACCGCGUGGUGGCUCAGGUGUGGGACUCUGCUGCCGACAUCAGUGAGCUCGCCAUCGGGGUACCAGCUGCCGUCUUCCCCAAGAACCAGAUCAUGCAGAAGACGCUCAGAGCUUAUAUGGAAUACCACAUGAAGACGUUCCACGAAGCCGCCACGUCCCACUACAUCAGAUCCUCGCAGCUGUUCCACACGAACCUGUGCCAUGCGCCCGCGCUGUUCCUGCUGUCCCGCAGCGACCCCGUCGGCGCGGAGCGCAGCAACCGCAGUGUACAUGAUAGCUGGGUGAAGAUGGGGAUCCAGUGUACAUGGAAAUGCUGGGACCGUUCACCCCACGUGCAGCACUAUACCAAACACCCCAAGGAGUAUGUAGCUGCCUUGUACGAACAUCUCGAUAAGUACGGCCUGGUCUCCCAGCCUGAGAAGAUGAGGAUGAGGUUAUAAACAAACUUUGUAAGCACGGAUUGUUUCAAUUAUAAAAAUUGCCUGUUGAAAACUGGGAAUAUUACCAAAAUUGAAUGGUUAUUUAUGCUGGCAACAUUUUUAUACGAUAGUAGGAAUCAGGGUCAACAAUUUAAAAUUGAAAUCUUUUGCUUCAGUUAUGCUAUUUUGGCCUUCUAAUGCUUGAAAAGGCGGAUAAUGAGAUAGAAGCUGUUACCUCUCUGUGCCCACAACAAAUGUAGUGGAUUUAGCAUUUUUUAUUAUAACAAUUUACAUACAAACUAUAUACGAGCCAAAUUCAUUUCAUUAAUCAACUUAUGAUUGGACGAGUGAAACAAUUCGUGCUAAUACUAAAUUAUCGUAUAGAAGUGGUCUUAAUUUUGCGAUGUAAUUCAAAUAAUUCUUGGGUAAAUGUCUCUUACAACGCAAUUUAUAAGAUUGCGAAAAACCUACAGAAUUAAGAAGGCAAAAUACAUAUUAGUAAACCUACUUGGAAAACUGACCUUUUUGUGAAAUUGAUGUACGAAAUGGUAGAUGUAAAUGUAAGCAUUGCUUGGCCAUUUUGAAAAAUACAUAAGUACAGAAUUUCUUUACAAAAUUGCAGCAAGGAUUUUCGGACUAUUUAUUUUCCUACUGGCAAAAUGUAUUUUAUUGUCAUAUUUGCCGAAUUCAUAAUGGCCAAAUGCUUACUUAAUUGUGUAUGUAGAAAUGGCAUUGUCCCAUACAAUGCCAUUUCUACAUACAGUAUAUAAAAACUAAAAUUAAUGAGGUCUUCUGACUUAAAAAGGAUAAUAUUAUAACAUGAAAUGAAAAGGCCACCCUGCUGUGAGCUUGGAAAUUAUCGAAACUAUUGUUGAAACACAAAAUAAAAAUGUCAAUACAUUUUACUUUAAAUAGUUGUCUCAAAAUUUUUCGAAAACUUAAAAAUGCUGGUGCUUUUGUUUUUUAAUAGCUCAGUAUAAAUAAGCUAAAUUAAAUAAAUUGUAUUUUUCCUAAAACAAAGACUUAAAUUGAAACUAGACUAACAACAUGAUUUGUUGACGUUUGAUAUUAAGGAAGAAUUUUUGGAUUGUUGAGUGGCAACACUAAGCUACAGUGUUGCUAGUUUAUAUGUUUUGUGAUGAAUAUCUCAAAGUUAAUGGUGUCUUUUUAAAAUUGCAGAUUAUGUAACUGCAGUAGAAUUGUGCAAUAAGAAGUUUUACAAGAUUUUUUACACCCAAAAAGAGCGAAUUAUUCUUUUCUAUUUAGAGUAACUUUAAUACAAUAAACCCACGGUACUUCUGUCUCGCUUUUUUCCAUGAUUUUUAUAAAGAGUGAAAGGGCAAGGAAAUCAUGUCUAUUCAUAUUUUCAUCUACGAUUUUUCGAAAUUAACAUUUAAACGCUUGAUUCAUUUCAAGCAUUUCUUUUGUUUUCUUCUUUUCGAAAUCGAAUUUUGGGGCUCGUUUGUAUUGGAUCUAGUACUCGACCGAUAAUUUCAGAAAACGCUAAAAUCUUAUAUUUAUAGGUGUAAUGUUUAUGGCGAAAUUAAGGGUUUUAAAAUAUAGUUAAAUACCUAUCAAUAUAUUUAUAAAAAUAUAUCGCAAUAUGUCUACUAUACAUAUAUGAGGUAUUUUACUAACCACAGUAACUGCUCUACUCGACCAAUGUGAACGAAGCUUUGAAAAACUAAAUUCCUUCAUUUGAACGCACUUCAAGACUAUUGUCAAUUACUAUUUAAAAUUAAAAAGAAAGUUGUGAAUCAGGUCUAAAGUAUUAAAGCGAUGAAUUUGUCAUGUUUAGCAUAUAAGAUUUUUUAUAUCAUAGUUUUAGAAUAAGAGAAUAUGCACUGUAGUUUAAUAUAUAGAAAAUACACUUUUAUAAAAAUUA